AUGUUGGCUCAACAAGAAUGGCCGUGCUUUGAACAGCAUGCCCAUGCUGACAACGAAUGCACGACCGUGCUUAUCGAAGACACGGCCGUGCUAGAUGAUGAGCAAGGUCGUGCUUGCCAACUAGAUACGAAGAAAGAAGCAAAGGAAGAUGUAUUCGUGAUACCAAGGCCGAAAGUUCCAUUCCCACAACGGUUGAUGGGUAACCAGAGAGACCCUCAGUUCAAUAAGUUUCUUGGGAUCCUCAGAAAGCUCCACAUCAAUAUCCCUUUUGUUGAAGCCAUCUCACAGAUGCCUAAAUAUGAUAAAUUCCUCAAGGAGAUGCUAAGCAAUAAGAAGAAAUUGGAAGUAUUCGAGACAGUCAGAUUGAAUGAGGAGUGUUCAGCAAUAUUACUAAGAAAGUUGUCGCCUAAGCUUAAGGAUCUAGGGAGUUUUAUGAUUCCAUGCACUAUAGGCAACUCUCAUUUUGAUAAAGCGCUAUGUGAUCUAGGCGCUAGUAUUAAUCUAAUGCCAUUUUCUGUGUUUAGAAGGUUGGGUAUGCAAGAACCCAAACCAACUUCAAUUUCUUUGCAGCUUGCUGAUCGCUCGAUAACAUAUCCUAGGGGCAUAGUGGAGGAUGUCCUGGUCAAGGUAGAUAAGUUCAUAUUCCCUGCAGAUUUCAUUGUCCUUGACAUGGAAGAGGAUGACAAAGUACCUAUCAUACUAGGAAGGCCUUUCCUAGCCACAGGAAGAACAAUAAUAGAUGUUCAGCAGGGGAAGCUUACAUUAAGAUUGAAUGAUGAGGAAGUAGUAUUUAAAGUUUUUAAUUCACUCAAGCAUCCAUCCACUUUUGAUUCUUGUAAUUUUGUGACAACUGCAGAUGCUACCUCCCUCUCCCUGAAUGUGCCACAGGUGCAAGAUGAAUUAAUAAAAGAUGCAUUGGAGAGGAUACUUACAUUGGAAAGGAGGGAUCUGCACAACACUGAAGAAAUAAUAGAUGAGAUCUUAGCAUUGAACAAUGGGGUGCUUAGAAGAUGGUUCGGGUGA